AUGUCCACCACAACCAUGGAAUCUUUGCUGGAGUCGUCUGCUCCACAGUCUGUGAUUGUUAAUGACUACAAGUUGGCGGUGAAGUUUUUCAUGAACAAGGACUUCGACAAAUCGUAUCUGCUUAUUCUGAAGUUGCACAGUGUCGCGUAUAAGAACUUCAAGUCGGGCUCAAUUGAUGAAGACAUCUUUGUCAAGAUUGUCACGUUGUACUUGACUGAGCUCGGGCUUUUGUUGAACUCGAAAGACGCAAGCUCAUCGUUUCUGUUAUCUCGCAAGGAGAAGAAGGAGUUGAUAGACAAGCUCAGGAGGUCGACUUACCUCGACGCUUUCUAUGAAAUCUACGGCAGCAUUGCACGGGUGCCUUCAGAAUUGCUCUACCAGGUGUGUCUUGUCAACUACUCCUGCCAGAAUGACAUCAAGGGCGACGACGAGCGGUUCUUGGUGAAGCAGUUCGACACUCUAUAUUCUUUGCUUGAUUUUCGAGGCAGAGCCUCUGAUAAGUACAUGAAACGGCUCGUGGACAUGUAUGUUUUCAACGUGUUACCUGACAGCGAUGACUUUAUUAAGGCAAGGUCGCUUGUGGAGUCUAACCCUUUGAUCGACACAGAGGAAGGAAGGAAAAGACUUAAGGAAUUGCAGGAGGUCAAGAAACAGGAAAAGAAACUUAAGGAUAAGCAGAUCAAGGAGCGGGAGGCCAAAGAAGCCCAGCGAGCGGCUGAUGAAGAGGCCAAGAGGAAGGCUGAGCAGGAAAGUGCCAACUUGAAAUACAAGUCGUUGAAGCAAAUUAGAAGAGAGCACGAAAACAGUGCUGAGCUCGAGAGAUUAGAAAGAAACCAACCCUCACGUCAGAAUGAGAGGAACAGCAUCGCAUAUAUCCGCCAGAGAAUCGAGUAUCUAUUGCGCUUGACAAGGACGUUUUGCGAGAAGAACUACCCCGUGCUAGUGAAUUAA